AAGAAAGGGGACAUCGUGCGCGUUAUGUGUUGCUUGCAAUACAGACAUUAGUAUAGCACAUGGCGGAAAGUGUGAUAUCAUUUCACACGGGAAAACAGCCAAGCAUGCUACUGCGUAUACAAAUAUGAAAAAGUCGGCAAAAAUUUCCGAUUUUGUGUCGUCCACUAUUGAUCUACAAUCAAUUAGAAGCGAACUAUUGUUCACAGGAUUUCUCCUUGAACACAAUAUUCCGUUAGCUGCUGUGGACCAUGCAUCAAGGUUGUUUUGUGCGAUGUUUCCAAAUUCUCCGGAGGUUAAAAAAUACUCGUGCGGGAGAACGAAAACUAGUUAUUUGGUUCAAGAAAUUGCAAAUAACACUUCCGAGCAAAUUGUAAAAAAGCUGAAGACUAAUGUGUUUAACAUAGCGACAGAUGGGAGCAAUGACUCGUCGGACAAUCAAAUGUAUCCAAUUGUGGUCACAUUUUUCGAUUAUGUGUUGGAGUUAUUGAGCUGCACUCUUAUAUCUUUGCCAGUUUUAAAUGAUUCGAGUACAGGUCAAAAUAUUGCCAAUCUAAUUUGUGCUUUUUAUUCUGAACCAGCAUACCAUGGGAAAAUUGUUUAUCGUUUUCCUGUGAUAAUGCAAGGAAUAUGAUGGGGGAAAACAGAGGAGUUGGUGCAUAUCUCAAGGAAAAUCAUUCUAAUCUGUUAGUUUUUGGCUGCCUUUGUCAUCUGAUCAACCUGGCGGCUGAAAAAGGAGCAAAGACUUUGCCCAUUUCAUUUGAUGACCUACUUAUAGAUAUUUAUUAUUAUUUUCAUAGAAGUGGGAAACGAAAAUUAGAAUUUAAAAAAUUUCAGAUGUUUGACAAAGAAGGUGGUAAAGAAAUUCUAAAACAUUGUGCGACAAGAUGGUUAUCCCUUGAUAAAUGUAUCACUCGCUUACUUGAACAAUGGAGAAGUCUUCUCUUAUAUUUCAAAGAAGUGUGUUCUGAGAGCAAAGUAACUACAGAUUUCUCACCAAAAAUCUCGGCGUUUGUAAUACCAAAAUUACAGAAGCAACAAACAAAUGAAGAUGUUCAAACAGAAGGUGAAGGGUCUAAAAUAAAAAAUACUAAGCACAAGGUUUCCGAUACUACCUCAGUUUGUUCAAAAAAGAUGAAAUCUAAACAGAAAAUUAAGUCAAAUGAUGAGUUUAAGCAAGGUUUAAAAACAAAAGUUUCUCAAGAGAACUUAAAGAAAUUUUUAGGUUGAGAUGGAAAAAAUUUUCUCGUCCUUAGUUCUAAUUUGCAUCAUUCUUUAGCUUUCUUUCUAAAAAAUUUCUUUAUCGUUUUUGAAAAAUUCAACAUAUUGUUUCAAUAUGAAGAACCUCAGGUUCACAAAACAAAACGUGAACUUGCAAAUUUUUUCACUGAAUUAUUAAGUAGAUUUGUAAAGGUAAGUGUUAUUAACAGUUCAAGCUCUGUAUUUGAUGUUAGGUAUAACAUAUUUGAGAGCCAAAAAAAAGAUUAUGAGUUAGUUGUUGGCUCUGAAUUCAAGGACUCCCAUUAAAGAACUCUCUAACAAAGAAAGAACAGAGUUUUUUUCUCAUGUGAGAAAAUACUUCUGUACAUCUUGUGAUUAUAUAAUUGCUAAUUUCCCUCAUAAUUUGCCAUUAUUAGAACAUGCUGAAGUUGCUGAUAUGUCUAAAAAAACUGAGAAGACAUUUUCAUCUGUGAAAUAUUUUAUUGACUUAUAUCCCUCUAUGCUACUUAGAGAAAAUUAUGAAUCGUAUUUUGAUGCAGUUGAUACUCUCGAGUCAGAGUUUCUGUCCUAUCAGCUUGAAAAAUGUCCUGAAUCUACUAUAAAUAA